CACCCCAGAGCCUCACACUUUGUGAGGCCUGAGGUCAGACCAAAGCAGGUGGCCCCGCGAAGGGGAAGCGGGCCCAUGGCUGAGGCGGCCCAGCCCAAUGAGGAAUCCCAAGGCACAGAAGUUACGAUCCAGAUCCAGCAGCCUACAGAGAGAGCCCUGAGGACACCAGCCAGGGGGGGCCCGCGCUCGGUGCUCAGAGUGUCCCAGCUGCUGCUCAGGGCCAUUGCAGGCCACCGGAGGCUGACUCUGGCAGCGCUCAAGAAGGAGCUGGGAAAUGCUGGCUACGAAGUGCGCCGAAAGAUCAACCGCAAUGUCGGGGAAUCCACCAGGCCUGAGAAGGGCACACUCCUGCGGGUCAGUGGCAGCGAUGCCGCUGGCUACUUCAGGGUCUGGAAGGUUCCAAAGCCUAGGAGAAAGGUGGGACGGUCCCGGCUGGCGCUGGGCUGCCGCUCUUCAAGGAAGACCCUGCUCCGAUCCCCCAGACCUCGCAGGCCUCGUUCACGUCGCAAGGCAGCCAAGAAGGCCAGAGAAGUCUGGAGACGCAAGGCUAGGGCUUUGAAGGCAAAGUCCAGGAGUUCCAGAUCAAGAGCCAGGUCAAGAGGCAGGUCAAGGACCAGGUCAAGGGCCAGUUCAAGGGCUAGAACUAGAGCCAUGGAUCAGGUGUGCGCCAGGGCCAAGGAACAGGCUUGUGCCAGAACCAGGGAACAGGCUCGUGCCAGGACAAGGGCACAGGUGUGUGUCAAGGGCCAGGACCAGGAGUGUGCCAAGGCCAGGGAACAGGCACGUAUGGAAGCCAGGGUCAGGGCCAUGGAUAAUAGCAGAGUAUGGCCUUCAAAGGAAGACACCAGGCCUCGAUCUAAAGAUGAGAGGAGGCCAAGCUUGAAAUUUAGGGACGAGAAGAGGCAGGAACCUGAGAAGCUGGUCAAACGAACCAUCCAGAAGCCAGCUGUGACCAAAGCUGACAGUGCUUCUUCCAGCGGACAAGGAAAGGCACGCAUAAAGUCUUCUACCAAAUGUGUCGGUUCCGGGUGCACAGGGAAUCCCUAAUGCCAGAGCCCUUUCUCGGGGCUCUGUUUCCUUUCCAGACAGGCUCCAAGGAGAGCAGUUCUCAUUCAUUGAAGCUAUUUACAAGA